AUGAGGAGGCCUAGGCUCUCCAGCACUCGCGUGAACGCCACCGUGGCAGCAGACAAGGUGGACGGCAGGGCGGUGCGCCGUUCGCUUAACAAGACGGGCAGGUACGUGCGCAAGCCCGUCAAGGACCCCAAGAGCAACGAGCUGAUGGAGGAGCACGGCGUUGGCUACUCCAGCACCGGCCUGGUGGCGCAGAUGCGCGAGCAGGGGAAUGAGUGGCAGCAGGGAGAGGUGAACGUCAAGCUGGCCAAGGCUUAUGGCUACUGCUGGGGCGUGGAGCGCGCGGUGCGCAUGGCCUAUGAGGCGCGCAACGCGUUCCCAGACAAGCGCGUGCACAUCACCAAUGAGAUCAUCCACAACCCAGAGGUCAACCAGCGGCUGCGCGAGCUGGACAUCAACAUUUUCGAGGAGGAGGCGGGGCCCAAGGGCAAGGACUAUGGCGCCAUCAAGGAGGGCGACGUGGUCAUCUUCCCGGCCUUCGGCGCGACGGUGCAGGAGAUGCAGCUGUUCCGCGACAGGAAGGUCGAGAUGGUGGACACCACCUGCCCCUGGGUCGCCAAGGUGUGGAACAGCGUUGACAUCUACGGCCGCAAGUCCUUCACGUCGGUGAUCCACGGCAAGUACAGCCACGAGGAGACCGUCGCCACCGCAUCCUUUGCUGACAAGUACAUCAUC